CAUCACUUGAUAGGGGCAGACGGGAAUGAAGGACAACAAGUGACACCAUGUGUCUAUCCGAGAAGAAAGUAUUGUAUAGGCGAGCAAAGAGGAAUCUCACAGCAGGCAAUCCUCUCUCCAGUGCAAUAUGUAUCUCCAACGCUUCCUGGCGCUGUCAGCGUCACUCAGCUAGGCCUCUGCCAAAUACGGCAGCCUCAAGAAUGCCACGAGUGCGUAUAACACUACAAGUCUAUACAACACCAUCAGCUCGGAGAGUAUCGCCAGCAGCACUAUCUCCACCUCCAACUCGCCCAGCUCCACCAUCCCGGAACCUACUCAGAUCUGUCAAGCCUACGGAACUAGGCCGCUGAGUGUAGUAAUCCUCAUUUCUGCUACUAUCUUCGAUAGCCCGACAGCAAACUGUGAGAGCUUAUCUGAACAGAUCCGGAGUGGCUGCCGGUGUAGCAUGUAUGCCAUCGCCCUGGAACUGGACUUCACCUUGGGCACGAGCGAUCUGGUCAUCUGUUUCGAUGCAACCUUCCCCUCCCCCGUGGUCUCUGUGGUUGAAUCCUUGCCCAAAUACAGGCUACCUCGACCAAGUGUGAUAUUCUCAGGAUAUGUUACCCCAUCCGUCACACCAAGCGACAGUCCGGAGUAUACUGCAGAAGCGAAAGCGAGGUCGACUGAUGACAAGGACUUUAUGGCGAUAUACACAUAUACCGAGUUCGAGAUCAUUUUGGAUGCCACAGGGUUACCGCCAGUCGCGAGUGGAGAUUCUGGAAGCUCACUUGUCCUGGAUGAAAACCUCUUGCCCAUGGUCAGCAGAACCGGCUCCGUUGAUCUUCUAUUGCAGCCCACUACUACCGGUGACCCUAUGCUCAACCCAUCGACGUACACCGCGCCCACCUUUUGUCUCCAAGCGGCCGAAGGUACUGACGGUAUAUGUGACAUUAUAUACGGCAACACAGCUCAUGUCCCUCUACGCCUGCCUGCCGGCCUCGUGUCCUAUACAAAGUUAGACUACACAUUGGGCGAGGGCAAUUUAUGUGAAGGCCUCUCCGACUGGUGGGACCUCAGCCCGCUCGAUUUCGGUGGCGCGUGCAACGUUCAAAUUCUUUACUACGAUAUGUGCGAGGAUUUCAGCUGGGUGGGCUGCAACGCCAUACUCUACAUCGCGACGCUUGCAGUGUGCUCUGAAGUGAUUGGGAAUGAUCGGUGGGACGUAGCAGCUCUUAUCGCCUGUGGUGUACAGGCAGCUUAUUACACCGCUGUCGCUGAAACUAACACCGGUUGUGCUCUCUACUAUAAGGCUCCGAACGCCGUGUGCCGAUGCUUCUGCUCCGGACCCCUACCUACCAGACAUCUGGACUGUGGGGUGUCACCGUCAAAGAGGGCGACGUGGGAGUGA